AUGCUCGUGGAUGAUCAUUUCAUUCCAGAAGAAAAAAGUACAAACGGAGUAACCGUGGCUCUCAUCAACACAAAUAGUGGAGAACGGGCGGCGGCGGAUUUUGUACACAAACAGCUGAUAGCCAAUCUUGGUAAAGAGAAUGUAUUUGAUCUAUUCCCUACUGGAGGACCUGCGAUAGAAGAAGCAAAGGAGUUUCUCACUCAACAAAAGCCAGCAAUUGUUAUUGUGGCUGGCGGUGAUGGUACCGUAUCACUUGCAUUAGAUAUCAUGGAUGAUCUCCGCAAGGAAAACAAAAUACCAAAUGAUUCUGGAUUUGCAGCUGUAAUACCAAUGGGAACAGGGAAUGAUCUCAGUCGUACACUCGGGUUUGGUGGGGGAUAUGUAAAGCCAAUAACACAACCAGAGGAAAAGUUUAAAAAACGUCUCAGUCUCAUACAGGCCUCAAAGAAGGUAAAAAUGGACAGAUGGUCCGUGGUAAUACAAAAGACAGCCUCACCUCUUACUCGUGAUGAGAAAAUGGUGAAUGAGGAACAACAAAACAAUUAUUCCACGAAUGAAGAGAACCCUGUCCAACGAUAUGCCAUGUUAAAUUACUUUUCAAUAGGAUUUGAUGCCGCCAUUGUUUCCCAAUUUAGUACCUUUCGAGAUGAUCAUCCAGAACUCUGUCAACAACGCUCUGUAAACAAGAUCUGGUAUGGUUGCUUUGGUUGUACCACCAUGUGCACCUCCGAUCCACUUCCCAAACACCGCAUGCAUUUACAAGUCGAUGGUGUUUCUGUUCCCAUUCCCAGCGGCGCCAAGGCACUUGUGGUUGCCAAUGUAACUACAUACGCCGGUGGUGCGGUUUUGUGGAAAGAUGAACGGGCUCGAUUUGCACGGCCCAGUGUGGCUGAUGGAAUGGUAGAGAUCAGUGUCCUUUAUGGUGUUUGGCAUGCCGCUGGUGUGCACACAGGUGUGCGGAAUGCGAGAAAAAUUGCACAGGGACACGAUGUGCACAUCAUUGCACCUGCAAGCCACGCCCUGCAGUGCGAUGGUGAACCCAUCAAGCGAGUGGGUGCGUCGACGGAGUCUGUGGAGGUGCGCAUCACACAACUCUCCACAACACUGGUCAUGCAGUGUGAAGAAAAGGAAGAAGAUCACUUACGAGAGCUGUGA